AUGGCACCUACCGCUAUCUACACUCCUUCUCCCUCCCAAAUCACAUCAGAAGUCAAGAAAUCCUUAAUGAAUGCAUCGUCACCCCAGGAAAUUGUCAAAGGGCCUGUCCUUGCGAUAGGUUCAUUGGACACUGCUCAAGAUGGAAAGUAUCAAUCACUUCUUUUGCGCCUCGAUGCACAGGAAGGGCGGACUACCGAAAGGCAGAUGCUUGAUCGGCUCAUUGAUGGAGCGAUAUCUUUGGCUCCAUCAAACUAUGCUUCCAUCCAUGUCCUACUCUCCCCAUCAGAAUACAUCUCAUUAUCGCCAAGUUUACCAUCUCUCCUUCAGCAGACCCUUGCCGGUCUGACACCCCUGGGAACUCUACACCUUCUUAAUUUAACCGCGGGCUUCCUGAGUCUUCCUCAUGAGUUGACUCUAGCAGGAUUCAUGGUCAUCGAGAGUGUAAGAGAUGAUCCCGAUGCCAGAAUAGUUGCUCAGAAGCCUUUGCCAAUCGCAACACCGCUACCUUCUGCACUUCCUAUCCGGAGAAAGACCGACCCUGCCAAGCAGUCCUCCAAAAAGGCUCUCUGGGCACUCUCAUCGCCAUCAACUCCCACAAUCGAUGCCGAAACCCUCCUGACAGCGGCAGAUCGCGAACGCCCAGUCCCCACGUGCGAUCCUGUCACAGUAGGUGCCCCGAGGCGGAAGAAGGCAUGCAAGAAUUGCUCAUGUGGUCUUGCUGAGCUGGAAGCCGAAGAAGCCAAGUCAGGUAAAGUAGUCCUGCUCGACAGCGACAACGCUGUGGAGGUGGAAGCUGGUGACAUGGCAAAGAGUUUGAUCGCUGCUGCUAAAGCUGCUCCCAAGGCAACUAGCAGUUGUGGGAGCUGUUUCUUAGGUGAUGCAUUCCGAUGUGCGAGCUGUCCGUAUCUUGGUCUGCCUGCAUUCAACCCGGGUGAGAAAGUGGAGAUUGACUUCGGGAUGGAUGAUAUCUGA